UACCCCCUUCCUUUUUUUUUAAAAAACGAAAAUGACAGUGAUAACCGAUAAACAGACAAAAGCUGAAGAAAUUAAAAAUGAAGCCAAUGUUCUUUUUAAGGAAAAAAAAUAUCCUGCCGCUGUUGAAAAGUACACUGAAGCCAUAAAGGAAAACCCUAAUGUCGCUUCUUAUUACACAAACCGUGCCUUUUGCCACCUCAAAUUAGAAUCUUAUGGAUACGCUAUUGCUGAUUCCGAUUCAGCUCUUGCCAUUGAUCCCAACUUUACAAAGGCUAACUACCGUCGUGCCUCUGCCAACAUGGCCCUUGGCAAAUUCAAGGAAGCUCUCAAGGAUUUGAGAAUCGUGUCCAAGCGUGCUCCCUCUGACAAGGACGCAAAGGCAAAGUUUGACGAAUGUGCAAAGAUUGUGAGACGAAUUGAAUUUGAAAAAGCCAUCGAGCACAACGAAAAGAAGCGUAGUGUAGCAGACAGUCUCGACAUUGACUCCAUCACGGUGGAAGCGUCUUAUGAUGGACCUCGAAUCAAUGAAGAGACAAAAAAGAUCGAUCUCCCCUUUGUGCAAGCCUUGAUUCAACGUUUUAAAGAUCAGAAAAAGAUUCACAAAAAGUAUGCCUUCAUGAUUGUGUUGGCCAUUCGUGAAUACAUGAUGGAGGCACCUUCUCUUAUUGAGGUGUCUGUGCCGAAGGAUGGACAGCUGACGGUAUGUGGUGAUGUACAUGGUCAAUUCUACGAUUUCAUCAAUAUUUUCCAAACCAAUGGUUUCCCUUCCGAAUCCCAUGCCUACUUGUUCAAUGGCGAUUUCGUUGAUCGUGGUUCGUUCUCGGUCGAGGUGAUCUUGACCUUGUUCUCUUAUAAAUGGCUCUACCCUCAACGCUUGUAUUUGGCACGUGGUAACCAUGAGACGGACAACAUGAACAAGGUGUAUGGAUUCGAAGGUGAAGUCAAGGCUAAAUUCAGUGAAAUGAUGUUCAAUUUGUUCUCAGAGACCUUCAAUGCUUUACCUUUAUCCCAUGUGAUUGAACACAAGAUCUUUGUCACACACGGUGGUCUCUUCUCCAGAGAUGGUGUCACACUGGACGAGAUCAAGAAGAUUGACCGUAUCGGUCAAGGACAACCCGGCAGCGAUGGUUUGAUGUGUGAGUUAUUAUGGAGCGAUCCUCAACCUGAAAUGGGUCGAUCAGCUAGUAAGCGUGGUGUGGGUAUUCAAUUUGGCCCUGAUGUCACCAAGGACUUCUUGGAUACCAAUGGUUUGGACAUGAUCAUUCGUAGUCAUGAAGUGAAGGAGGAUGGUUAUGUUAUUGAACAUGCCGGUAAAUGUGUCACUGUCUUCUCCGCUCCCAAUUACUGUGAUACCGUAGGCAAUAAGGGCGCCUUGAUCAAUAUCUCGCCUGACAUGAAGUUGGAUUAUGUCACCUUUGAUGCUGUGCCACAUCCAUCUGUCAAACCUAUGCAAUAUGCUAGUCAAUUCAGCGGCUUAUUGGGCAUGUAAAUCACCUUUUUUUUUUCUAUCUUUUCUUUUUAUCUACCUACACAUUUAUAUAUAUAAAAAGAAGAAGCCUAUCAUUUAGAGUUUUUAUGGUUUUACUCAUAUGUCUUUUCUCAUACAAAAAGCUGAUCUAUGUCAUACAUUUGUGUCUAUUCAUAACAUCACACUCCCCACACCCCAAAAAAAAAAAA